AUGGCUUCUGAGUUUGGCACGACGAUUCUCAAGACAGAUACCUGCAGACCCAAAGGGCCAAUUGAUCCUCCUACUUCAACACUCCUGCCUGCUGGCCAUGUCAAGGAACAAGGGAACCGAGCCUUCCAAACUGCGACGCACUUCGAGCAUAAUCAUGUUUUUACCCUGAGAGAUGGUAUCAAGCUUCGUGCGGAUGUCUUCCGCCCUGUUACAGAUGCACCAGUUGCAGCUAUUGUCAUGUGGAGCCCGUACGGAAAGUCGGGCACAGGGCACCUGGGUCUUGAUGCCGCGGCGCUGCGAGCGGGCGUUCCCAAGGCAAAACAAUCGGGCUACGAGUCUUUUGAAGGGCUUGAUCCCGCGGAAUGGGUCCCCAGGGGCUACGCGAUCGUAAAUGUCGAUGCGCGCGGUGCAGGAGAUUCAGAAGGUGACCUGCGAUGGUGGGGCUCUGGCGAGGGCAAGGACGGCCACGACUUCAUCGAGCAAAUUGCUAUCCAGCCAUGGUGCUCUGGUCGUGUGGCAUUAGCCGGCAACUCGUGGCUUGCCAUGUCGCAGUGGUUCAUUGCUGCUGAGCACCCACCGCAUCUUGCGGCCAUCGCCCCCCUUGAAGGAGCAGCCGAUGUGCUGCGCGAGACCCUAGCAAGGGGAGGAAUUCCAGCAGUUGCCUUCUCCAAGAUGAUCCAAUCCAUCUUGCCAGGCCGUCAGAGACAGGAAGACAUGGCUGCCAUGUUCGCACAAGAUCCCAACAGGAAUGCCUACUGGGACGAUAAGCGGGCUGAUUUCAGCAAGAUUCGCGUUCCGGCUUAUAUCCUGGGGAGCUACUCGACGAAUCUGCACACCCUUGGUGCCUUUCGAGCGUUCGAGGAGAUUACCCAUGACAAGAAAUGGUUUACUACCCAUACAACCCAGGAAUGGUAUGAUCUGUACAGCGAGAAACGCACGGAGGAUCUCUGUCGAUUUUUCGACUUCUAUCUCAAAGACAUCCAGAACGGCUGGGAACAGACGCCUCCAGUUCGGCUCUCGGUCCUGGGCUUUAACCUGCCCCAUGAGACUUUAUCGCUCACACAUUUCCCGUGGACAACUCCGGGCUCGAAAACGCUAAAAAUGCACCUCAACCCCGAUCAAACCAUGACGACAACCACACAGUCCCAACACAGCAACGAGUCAACUGUCCUGUCGUAUCAGGCAGACGCCCCAACCAUGAACCGGGAUGACGCCGACGGUGAAUUGCUUUUCAGGUAUACCUUCCCCGAGAAGACCAUCGUGGCCGGCCCGAGUAAAGCAGUCCUCACACUGUCCGCCGAGAAACAGGAUGAUCUAGACAUCUAUGUCAUGCUACGCAAGAUGGAUGCCCAUGGUCGAAUCCUGCAGAAUAUCAACCAGCCGUUAUCAGAUCUCGGGGUUGAUUCCGCGGACGAUGUUCCUUCGGUGAGUGUACUCAAGUAUCUCGGGCCGGAUGGUAGGCUUCGGGCGUCGAGGCGUGCUCUGGCUCCAGAGCUUUCGAAGCCGUGGUGGGGUACUCUAUCUCAUGCUGGCGAUCAAUCUGUCCCUGUGGGAAAUACCAUUGAGCUUGAGAUAUUCCUAUGGCCUACAGGGAUGAUUUUUGAGGCUGGAGAAAGUAUUGUCUUGAAGGUUGCAGGUCAUGAUAUGCGGCUAGUUGACUUUGCACACCUCCAGGGGUCUUUUCAGGGUUCUAAUCAAGGAAAACACUAUGUCCAUCUUGGAGGUGGGCGGAAUAACUUUGUUGAGCUAAACGUAGUAUGA